AAACUGACGUGAUUCCUGUACUUCGUAAGCAUACGCUAACACAUUUCUAAAAAGUAAAAUACGUCAUUCGAUAUUUUGUUAUGGUACCUGGUAAAUUAUUUAUAUCGAAAACACAGCUAGAUAAUUAUGAUAUUUAUAUUUUCGGUCUUCGUAGUUUUAAUUACUAAUCUAAAUUUUGUAAUCGGUAUGCGUCUGUGUUACAACAUGCCCAACUUUCACUAAAGUUUCUUGUACAUGUAAAAAAAUUGAUCUUUGUUUAUGUUUUUGGUUAUGUACUAUUGCAUUGGUUUUUUUGUUGUUUGGGUUUAUGAUUUAAUGGUUGUAAUGCUGUGAAUUGAGUGUAUGUGUGCAUGAAUGAGUGUGUGUGCCUCGGCACGUUUUAAUAUUUUAAUCACCGGCCGGAGAAAAUUAGAGGAACGUCUUGGGUUAAAAAGUACAUCCUCGAAGAAAUCGAAUUGUUUCGUACCUCAGCUAACGCAAGUUUUGUGACUGAACUAAGACUUUCAACUGUGGACACACAAUUUACGCGAGUUUGGCAAGAACAUGUGCUUGCUUGUGCGGCCGUUCAACUCUGAUUCUCGGGUGAAAAUACACAAGGUUUCUCUGAUGUUUGGAGUUGCCGCUGUCCCGACUAUGACGGGUUUUACGGCGACCAUGUGGCGAUUCGUGUUUGGAAGUCUUCGCUGGCGGGCAAUGGGGUGCUUCGGGAGCAAGGACAAGCUGUCCAAGGAAGAUAUGGACUUCCUCAAGUCACACACCAGAUAUGACGAAGCGUCCAUUAAGGAGUGGUACAAGGGAUUUAAGCAAGACUGUCCAAACGGGAGGUUGACGCCCGCCAAAUUCGUCGACAUGUACAAGACGUUCUUCCCGAACGGAAACGCGGAAGAGUUUUGCGACCACGUGUUCCGCACAUUCGACAUGGACAAGAAUGGUUACAUCGAUUUCAAGGAGUUCUUGCUUGCCAUAGAUGUGACGUCAUCGGGAACGCCAGAAGAGAAGCUAAAAUGGGCCUUCCGUAUGUAUGACGUGGACGGGAAUGGGGUGAUAGACAUACAGGAGAUGACGAAAAUUGUCCAGGCCAUCUACGACAUGCUGGGCGCGUGCUCCGCCAACCGGCCGGCAGACUCGGCCGAGGAGCGCGCCAAGAACAUCUUCGCCAAGAUGGACGAGAACAACGACGGCCAGCUGACCCAGGAGGAGUUCCUGAAGGGCUGCCUGCAGGACGAGGAGUUGUCCAAGAUGCUGGCCCCGUAGUGAGCAUCACAAGCCUGUUCGCCAGCGCCCACGGACAAUCAGUCAAUUGCAAUCACCCCUCACCAUCAUUGGUCGUGCCGAGGGGAGGACGCAGACUCUGGCCGGUCGCGUCCCUCGCUUCUUUGACAUUCCAGUAUUUUUUAAAACAAAAGUCGCUCCUGGGAGAAUUACAAUCAUAUGUAUCGUCAAAAGUUCAAGAUUGCAUUCUAGAUUUUUUUUUUAAUGUGCUUUAUAACUCAAACUAGCUUGAUCGUUGAUGGCUUCAUGACGUCUUGAUGUUUUUGGAUACGUUGUUAGUUCUACGGUAGACUGUCCACUGGUUUUUCUCUUCUACUUUUCGAUGCACUUGAUGCUGUUAGCACAAAUUCUGCCUAAUUCUGAGAACUUGCAUGUUUUUAAGUUCCCUUACAUAUUAUUCUAUUAAAGCUCUUGCAUCAUCAAUGGGCAUUAUUGCAUUAUAUAACUUUGAAUAUAUGCUCUCUGUACAAAAUAAUUAAACAUCUUACUUUUUAAAUGAUGGAAGUUAAAUGGCCUUGUAUUUUGGGAAGUAUUUUAAUGUAAAAUUGUACAUAAGUUUGCGUGUUUACCUUUUAAAUUUUUAUUUUGGUGCAACUGAAAACUGUGCUCAUAGUCAUAUUCCAAAUUGUUUUUAGAACCUAAUGAAUUUUUCUUGGUAUAUAUUUUUCUACUAAUAUGAGGAAGUUUUCAUGUUUUAUUUAAUUUAUGAUUUUAAAUGCUAUUGCUUUGUCUCAAGUUUCUUAUUAUUAAAUAGUAUUUUUUGAUGAAGGAAGAAUUGUAAUUUUUUGAAGAUGUUUCUUGCUUGCCACAAAGCUUACAAUUGGAGAUGUAGGCUUAGUGUUUAUGUAGUUGUUUGUUAGGAGAGUUACCAUUUUCUUUCUGUAAUGAACAAAAGUAAUACUUUAUGUCUUUCACACCUACACAUACCUCAUCCCAAAUUAAUUAUCUUUGAUAUAAACUUCUUUCAACUGAAUUAGAAUAAUGAUGAAGUUCUGACUUAUCUGACUAUGGCAAUAGAAAUACUGAAUAGUGAGUAGUAUUUUAGUAUUGCUUAACUCUCACGUCAGGAUAACAGUUAGAGGUUAGUGCUGACUUUUCUAAAUGGCUCCUCAGGCUGUGUAUAGAUACAUGUCUGUUUGCAUAAUGUUUAUUUUUAAAUGAAGCCUUGAAAGUUUUUCUGCAGUAUGGAAUUGAGUGUAUGUUUUAAUUUUUCGAAAUAAUCUUCAAUAACUCUUUGGUACACAGCUGAAUGUAUGGGAUGAAAGGUUGAAAAUAUUUGUACAAACACUGAAGUGUUAACUUCUGUUUAUUGAGCAUAAAAAUCGCAGUAAAGGUAUUGCAAGGAAACUGGUUGACUUUCUAAUUGAAAAUUUUUUUUUAUUGUGUACAGUUGGUGAUUUUGAAAUUACAAAUGGAAAGCUUUUUUAUGUAUGCCAAUUGAAAUUCUAUGUUCACCAAACUGAUAAAUUACACCACACUGAAUCUCAAUUAAGCGUUUAGGGCUAUAUCUUUGCCUUCCAAAAAAUUAAUAAAUAAGAUAAGUUUUUAUACCUUGCUUAAAGCAUUUUUAAGAGCAUAUUAUCCGUCCGUAUUGUUUCUCAGUUUGUAGACCGGUAUCAUACGGUAGUAACUACUUGAUUUCAUUUACUCAUAGUUUGCAAUGGGUCAGCUGGUAUUCACAGUGUUACAAUCAGUGGUUUCUUGUGCCAUUGUAGCAGAAAUUGAUUGUUUUCAAAAAUUUUAGAAAGGUAUUUUUUAGGUUGCAAAUAAUCAAACAAUAAUAAAUAAUCUAAAUGUAUGUAAUGUGAAGUUCUUUCUAUAGAUUAAGACCAAAAGGAAGUUUAAAAUUCAUCUUUAUUAUUUGAGAAGCAAAAUGGUCAAUAUGUAUUCAUUGAAUACAUGGUAAAUUUAAUGAUAUUAAUUGUAUGAAAAAUUUGGGUUAAACCUAGUUUUAUUUGUUUUUUUGACACAUUUAAUUAUUGUUAUUAGUUUUAAUACACUGCAAAAUAUAUCUAGAGAUGUUUUGCUUUGUAGAAUGCUAAUAUAUUGAAAAACAAAUAGAUUUUUACUCAUAAUAGAAAAAGUCUAUACGAUUUAUUGUGAUAGUAACCAGGGUGCUAAAGGUCUCAAUUUAAAAAAAAAGUUUAAAAUUCCACCCGGAGCACUGAAGAAGGAAGAGUAGUGCGUUGUACAUUUGGUUUCUGACACAUGUCUGCCUUCUUGAAAGUUUUGGGCCUACGCACCUCUAAAAACCUCUGCACCCCAACUCUAAAAACAAACACAAGGGCUGUGAGGCAAUUACAGAGAUUGUAUUCGACGAUAAUCUGUGAUGGAUGUAUGCUAAAUGUGCAAUACACUGUCUUCUGCGUAGGUAUUAUUAGUGUUUGCGAUCUGGAAGAAUAUAGUUCAUCACUCACCAAACAAAGUAAGAUGGCCACGUGUGAUAGAAGGAUGUCUAGUUUAUCUCGCUGGGUCUAUUAUCUUAAGACACCCACAUUUAGUAUUGAAAUCAACCUUUAUGUUUCACAAAAAAAUAAGUUUACUUUUUGAGAGUUGGUUUCUUCUCAGUGAAAUUUCAUCAAGGCAUCACUCACCAUGAUUUUUUUUCCUGAAUAUAGAUUUUUGUUACAAAAUAUUAUGGAUGUGGGACUAUAGAAGCAGAAAUACAGUUCUAUGUAUUUCCCGACUGUAAAAUCAUAACAAUGAUCUUAUAUUAAUGACCAUGGCACAAAACGUUUUGUUACGAAUAUUUGUCUGGAUUUUUACAAAUAGCAGAUAGCAUUUAGCACAUACGUGGGGACAAAAUUUGUAACAAAACUUAAUAUGGAAAUCAUACGCAUUGAAACUUUCAGCAGCAGCAAGCUUUAGACUCUUCCUGGAUGCAAAACGUUAGUGAUUAUGGCUAAGAGAGCCCAACUGGUGUGAAAAAUUUUACACAUUUUGUCUUAAUACCGUAAAUCAUAAGGGGGUUAUAUAUGAAGAUAGAUUGUUCAUAUUCAUAGCUUUUUGUAGAUUAUUGGUAAAAUAUACUUGACUAAAUAAUCAAGGUCAUAAUUCUGUGAGACAUCAUGAUUGUGCCAUAGCAAAUUUUAAUUAAUUUUAUUCAGUUAUGUUACAGUUAGCUAGUCCCAUUCAAAAGCAAGCAAUCAAAAUAAUAUAUAUUUUUUAAAUAUUAAAAACUAUUUAGAGAUAUUGCAAUGUUUUUUAACAAAUCAAUGAGAGUUUUAGUACAUCAUUCAAAGACUUUUGUCCCUUGCCAUAAUUUUUUCAACAUCACAUAUUUUCAUUUUGAAUACGAGUUCAUGAUGUUUGUAAAGUGAAAAUCUGCUUUUAAACAUGUACUGUUGUUGAAUUAAAAAAAAAAACCUAAGCAAUUUUUUUAUAUUAUUAGUAAACUGUUAUAAUGAGUGUGUGUGAAAAUAAUAUAGUACAACUCAGAUCAGAAAUUUCUUAACGUGUUUAUUGACCACAAAAAUUUAUAAAAUAAUCAAAUUGUGUGAAUGGAAAAUUAUUGGACUCUAUUAACUUCAGAAUGGGGUUUCACUAGUAGCUUUUAUUAUGCUUACUUCAGAAAUAGAAAAUAAAAUAAUAAUUACAAGUAAAAGUAAUGUAGGUUAAUAAUUUAUUCAGGUAAACUAUCGUAAAUUUCCUUUCCUAGGGUUUUUUCUUUCUUUCUUUCUUCAAUAUUAUUUUCCUAACUUGUAUAUUCUUACACCGGGUAUUGAAAAUCUCCCCUUUAAAAUAAUGUUUCAUUACAAAACAACAAAAACUUAAGAAAACUUAUUUAUUUUUUAGAGUUUACAAGAAAUUUGGUUAGGUAUUUCAGAAAAACAUACAUGAAAUAUGUUUAGUGCUACAUUAAUUAUUUAAUCAUAUCAGUUUGAUGUUCCAACUAUAAUUAAGUAAACAAGUUUAGUACAAACAAUAUUACUACAACUACAAAACAAACAUCAGCAAUUUUUAUUCAUUGACUUCUUAAUGAAGAUUACAAUGACUAAUCUAUUACUACCAACCUGAAUUGGAGUACUCUUAGCAAAGGAAUACACUCAAUACGGUGGUAAGUUUAAAAAUGAUUUUUUUUUUUGGAUACUAAAACAGAAAUGUGACGGAGCAAAGUCUAACAGCACUGCUUUCUAUGAACUACAUGCUGCUAGUGCUGUGUGUUGGUAUGGAAAUAGCAUCUGUACUAAAUGCAUAAGAGAGAGAACUUGGUAGAUAUUAGAAAGUAAACAUUACAUGACUUUAAAAGUAGAGCUAAGUAAAUUAUUUAUGUAUUUUGUUUUCGCCUUUGUUUUUGUUUUUAUAUUUAGUUGAUAAUGAAGGUCUUUAGAUGGAUUAUUGCAACACAAUUCUGCAAAUUUGAGGAAAGAAUCUCAACUGACAUGUAAGAGACAGUUCCAGCAUUGUGCUAGAGAGAUGUAGGGGAAACUGAAGUCAAAAUUGUUAGAUUGGGAUUCUUGUUUUAACAUUUUGCCAUCUCACAAUUUAUAUUUUACAAUUUGUGCUAUCAUUCUAAGUAAAAUAUUCCUAAUUUUAAUUUAGUAAUGCGUAAAAAUAACUAUUAUUGAAAAAUUAUGUUAUUAUAUUCUUUUUAUUUGUUGCUUAAAAUGCCUUGUAUAAACAGGAAAUAGGUUUUUUUCACUAAGCAGUUUACUAUGAAACUGUGUUUUCAACAAUCUGGUUUGGUGUGCCCACCCUGUGAUUAUGACAUGUUUAUAUUUGCCUAUCUCGGCCUUCCUUUUAUAAAAUUAUUUUAUAAAAAAAAAUACUUCUUAAUUAAAAAUUUUGAUUGUGUGAUAAAGUCAUUAGUGGAUAUGUUUUCAGUGAAUGAUUGUGCAGGGGUAUCAAAACCGUUUGUUUCCUUAUCAGAAAAGUUAAAAUUGACCAAACAUUACAGUUACAUUUUCAUGUGCACACAGUCGCCAUCAGAAACAUGGAAAUACACUGAAUGGGUUUUUAAUAUUUCUUACUAUUCAAGUCCACAAAUCCUGAAAGGUUUGGGGCAUUUUUACAGUGUGUUAAACUUCGUGAAUUUCCUGAAUGAUGUUUUAUAUAUAUAUGUAUAUGUAUGUAUGUGUGUCUAUAUAUAUGUAUAUGUAUGUAUAUAGUUUUUAAUUAGUUUUUUUUUUCCUGUGGGUUGAAACUGAAGUUCUUCCAGAGUUUCUGUGCCGGUUUUAAAAGUACGACAGCAAGCGCGUGAGGCAUGCUACUUCCUUGACAUUCGUAACAGGUUGGCAAUGUUGGUGACUAUUUUGAUAUAUUUUGUGCGGGGCAUGACAUUGGAGAACUGUGUUAGAGUCGUCCUGUGUGAUCUGGGGUUGCUUGCUUCUCUGGGCUUGCCCUUAAGGGGCCUGCCUUGUCAGGGGUGUGUUGGUGCUAGUGACGCUCGCUUGUGUUUCUAGCGCUGUAACGCCUCCAAGCUCAUGUCUGUAAACUAGCGCAUGAUGUUCUUGUACAUGGGGAGACAAAGAUAUUUGAGUGGUGAUUGUAUGGUGGAGAAAUGAAGACAAACGUUAAAUGCAUGUCCCUUGAGUGCUUUCGAUAAUCUGUUUCGGGUUUUCAAUGCCUAAAAACUAUUCGGAAAAAAAACAAGUUAUAGCUGUUUUCAAUCUUACAAAAAUGCAGUUUAAAAACUAAAAUACGGAAACGGAACUGAUCAUCUGCCCUCUGCAUGUUCUUAAAAACUUUUCGUAAAUUGACAAAAUUCUCUUACCUUCAGCACUUUCAAAUUAUGUGGUGUUUCCUGAAGCUCUGCACAUCAUGUGUGUGCCUUGGGUACGUGUGUUCGCUCUGACAAUUAUAACAGGCAUACAAGGAAUGCUGUCCACUAUUCAUGUGCGACUUUAGCAUGGUUAAACUUUGCCAGCACAGUCAUAACGUCCAUUUAUUUUUUUUAAACGAUUCUCCUAAGAAGUUGAGAUGUGUUCUAGGUCUUCCAAAAUUAAAAUGCUUGGUAUUCUUAACUUGACAAAUUUGUCCACACAAAAAAAAUGGUUAUACAUGUUUCUUGUAGUUCUGGUCUCUUGCAUCACUUUUACUCUUGUUGUACAAUUUCUGAUUUCUAAAUUCAAAUUGGUGUCUAAACCACUCAUUCUAUUUACAGAAUAACUUUAUGCUGUUUCAUUUUACUAUUUACUGUAAAUAUUUUCAUGUGUGGAGAUAUAUAUAAUAUGUUUUCUAUCUAAAACACAGAAUAUAUGUAAAAAAUAUAAAUAUAUAUUGAACGUAUAGAAGGCCAGGUACACUAUUUUGUACGGGGCCUAGUAUUUGAUUGUCACUUUUUAUCUUCAAAAUGAUUGAAAUAGUGGUUGAAAGAUACCACGUUAAGCUAAGUGUGUGUUCAGAACAGUAAUCUUUGGUAAAAGUGUGGUGGUUAUGUAGUUAGCCUUGGUAUGUUUUGGAUGUAAAUAAAAGUGAGUUAUUGAGAGGUAUUUCUUCAUUUGGAAGAAAAAUUUAUACUUAGUAAUAAUUUUGCUCGAAAACUUUCUUUUUGAUUAUGGUGAACAUAUUUAUAAUUUUAAGUUUAUUUUUCUUUGGUUUCAGAAAUAUCUUACUUUUCAAGCAUUAUGAGGUUUGAGGAAUACAUAUUACAUUUUUUUUAAUUAUGAAUGCAAUACAUUGCAUAUUUUAAUACUUAGUAUUGGUUUUAUUGAUUAAAUCAUAUUUUUUUUUAACUUUUAAAAGAAUAAUGUAUUUCAGAACAUUGUAGAAAAAAUAGGACCCUUAGGAUUUUUUUUAAAUUCAUCCUUAUUAAAAUUGACACACAAUUUUACAACUCUUAAAAAAUAUACACACACUUCUCAUACUUACAAAAAAAAAAUUGUACUUAUUAUGUUAACAAUAACUGAUUGUAUAUUUUAAUACCCAGCACUAUAGGCUAUCAUAAGUUGUAAGUAAACUAUGGAAAUGGUUUACUAGAUUUCUUGCUCCGUUUGGUUUAUUUAAAAGUGGUUACUGAGCGAGUGUGUGUAUGUGUGUGUGUGCAUGUGGGACCAAUCUGUGAAAAGUAAAAUUGCUUAUUUGUACUGACUUCAUACACUAUACACUUCUACAGUGCACUAUACACUUCCCUGCCAAUUAUGGAAAUUACUGCAUCAAGUUUUUCUUAUUUUGGUUUCUUUGAUUAUUUUUAAAACGAAAGAAAAUUGUGUCUCAUCCGUGUUUGGAUUAUCGGUACACAGCUUGUUUGGAUCAGAGUUGUGAGCUCUGUGGUGGUGAUAUGUGAUACAUAAAAUAUUGACCAGUCCAGAACAGUGACAGCGUGCAUAAAUGUUAGCAAUCUUUGCUUUAAAAACUUUGAUUAAUAUUAUGUUACUAUUUUGUAAAUAUUUUCUAAGUAUUAAUUUUUUUUUUUAAUAUUACUGACAUAUGUUCCCAGUGUUUUUUUAAAGCAAAUUUCUUAUCUUCACGUAGGUAGCUCUAUAUUUCUACAACUUGAAGUGAUCUGUAUGUUGGGUACUCUAUGCUUUCCUUUGUUCUGACAAUGACUGCAUAAAUAGUUUUCUUGACUCUUAAAAAUAUUGUAUUUGUAAAAAAAAAUUUUUUUUACCAAGUUUAUUUAGCUGUAUAUUUUGUUACAUAACUUUUCAUUCUAGCGCCUCUUAAAAUUACAUAUCAUGUAAUAAGCUUCGUAUUGUAAAUACAAUCUUGAAAUAUCUGCAUUUAUUUUAAUGUUUAGGAAACAUACUUUACCUUACUUCUAUCCUCUAACCAUCCUUUCUUUGUGUUUAUUUUUUCCAUUUUUAUUACAAAACCAUAUAAUUCAGUGGCAUUUUACAGUAAAACCUCCAUAUAACAAAACUUAAGGUACUGAAUGGUUGUGUGUUUGAUAUACAGAUUUUGUUAUAAAGAUUUUAAACGUAAGAAUGCUGCUCUCUAUGACAUCAAAUUUUCAAUUAUUUCUGGACACAUUUUCUUUGUAAGAAAAUAAAUUUUACAUCUUAUCUUUAUUUAAUGUGUUAUAAUGUACUAAAUCCCCAACUGUAAGCUUGUGCGUAUAUUCUAAAUUUUAAACAACAGAAUGAUUAUUUAUUAUUUAUAUUUGAUUCUGUUUCAAAUUCUUACUCUUAAAAUAACGGAUAUUUAUUUGCAGAGCCGUCAAGAUGGCGAGAGGGGUUGAAGUUUCGAGAUUUUUUUUAAUGCCUGGGUUUAUCCGAUAGGACCAAAAAUACGCAUCUAUUGUUAAUAGAAAUCAUUGGAAAUCUUACAAGCAUUGCAAUACCCUCAGAUCACGUCUACAGUUGUGGCCACGGUAAUGUUUACAGACUUCAAAAUGGUUUUUUGACUGUGGGUUUAGAAAAGAUGGGAAUGGGCCCGACAAAAUUAUUUGCCCCGAGUCCCUUGUUUCUCUCAAUGGCCCUGUUGAUUUGUGUUCACAUCACCUUGUCUUAUCAGUUUUGAGAUUUAGAGUCACUGCUGAACAUUAUAAGUAGGAACAAGAUUAUGUUGAUAAAGCUGGACUCCCAAUCAUCCGUUUCAUCCGUCCGUCACCCGUCCGUCCGUCAAUUUCGGUCCAUUAUUUCUCUCGGCAAUUAUUACCGACUCUCAGUUUCGGUCCGUUAUUUCUCUCGGCAAUUAUUACCGACUCUCAACCAUCCGCCAUCCGUCUGUCCGUCUCUAUUUUAAAAUAUCAGUGCUACAACUUUCCACCACAUACUUUCUCAAUUGUAGGUAAACUUUUGGUGAAAAUAAUUUACUUGGGAUAAUUAACUUUUGUUUUUAUGAAUGUGAUAAUAAGUUGACAGGCGGGAACCGUGCUUUGACAAGUGGAUUAAACGGGUGCCGUCUUAAAAAUAACAAUAGCCAGCAAUAAAUAAAAUUAUGCUUCUUUUAUUACUGCGUCAAAGGAAACAGAAAGAAGCUAUUUCUAUCCAGGCUUUUUCCCUCAGUUGCUUAUCCCGAUAGUCUUUGCUAUAUAUAUUAUACAAAUGCUCCCUUUCCCGGACGUAAUUUAUCAGCAUUUCUUUCGAAAAGCUCAUUCUCAUAAGCAAUUUUUACCGUUAUUAUGACAACAAUAAUCGGUCAAUACGACACAGCCUUCUAUAUAUUGCAAAUUAAAAAAAUCAAACACUGUUUUCGGAAAGUUGUAUUGAAGACGAUAGACGUAACAAGGCGGUGGACCAUCCGUUGGUCCGUCAUAAGCUACAGCCUGGCAAGGUUUUGACGGACAGACGGAUGGAAUUUUUCGGGCCAUCUGAUUGGCUGCAGGUCACGUGAUUGACGGACGGGUGACGGACGGAUUAAACGGAUGAUUGGGAGUCCAGAUUAAGUUGAACACAAGGCAAGCAAACAACAAACAUUUUGCAACCACUGGAAAAAAAAAUAAUUCUUUAAAAAUUUGAAAGUUAACUUCUUUUACGUUUGUGUUAAGGUAUUUAUAAUCAUUAAUGUGAAGUGUCAUGAAAGCAUUAGUUGAAAUGUCUCUCUUAAACUAACAUAAAAAAAUUUUUUGAAAAUUUUUUUUCCCAAUCUUAUUAUUCAGUUUUAGUAUCCCACUUUGAGAAUAUUUUGAUAUUUGUAUUUGAAUUUGAGUCAAGUAGGCAUAGGCCUACCCAAAUGAUUUUAUAUUUUUAGUCAAGCAUCAUAAUUUUAUAGAAGAAAGGUAGUAAACCGUACUUAACAUACUGGGUACAUUGAAAAAAUAAACUUCAGUUGAAUGCAUCCAUACACAAGGAACAAGAUGAUGAUGAUGUAUUUUUCCAUCUUGCCGUGGCUUUUCCAGAAAUCUUCAGUAUUUGUGGCAUAGUUUUGCAGUGUUCUCUUUCUGCUGCGAGUUUGUUUUGAGUUGUUAUUGACUUUUCUUUAUUUCAAACAGUUUGAAACCCUUCUUCCUCCUUAAUUGGAAGAGGGGUUGCGUCCCCGACUCACUCUGGGCGCGAAGGGAAAAAAUAAAUAUUAAAACCAGGCAUAAAAAGCUAAACAAUAUAAAUUCCCCACACCACUGCCCAGGGGUCAGGCCAAAAACUUCAAAGGAUAUAAUAGCAGAGUAACCAUUAAACAAACAAGAGGCAAGACUUUGGACGUAUGUUAUUAAAAAAUAGAAAUUUGCAAAAAUAGUAUUUACUAUACAUAACCAUACAAGCUUAGUUACAAAAGCUGACGUUAAUAAUGGCAGCAUCUUAUCCCCAUUUGCGAUACUAACAAUAACCUUUAAAACAUCGUAAAAAUAUAAAUACUGAUAACAACAAGUAUAAAAAUAUAUAAGGGCGUGAGGCGUGGCCACUAUAAAAUAUCAAAAUUUACUGACUGCCCUAAUACCAAAAAUCAAACAAGACAAUCAAUACAAAUAUAUAAAAAUUCUACAAUAAUAAAACUGAAGUACAAAAAAUUUAUUUAAAUAAAGUUCUUAAACUCUCAAUCAACAGUUUAGUCUUUCUUCUGAUGUUCGUUGCUAAAGACUUGCCAAAAAAAAAAACAAAGUUAAUAUCCUAGGCGUGCGCUGGCUUCCUGACCUUCCUCACCAACUCCAGAGUCUAAUGCCACGCCGGGCCAUAGGUACGAAUUCACAAAGGCGUGAGCGAUGAUCAAAAAAAAAAUUAUCUUAUUUUUAAGGGAAAUGUAGCAAAAACUCUUCACGUAACAUAACCAUGUUACCACAGAAGUAUUUAUCAUCUACUUCAAACAAAGUCUUACUUCUUUAUUAACUUGCCAAUGAUUUCAUAAAAACGUAGAAUGGCCGCACCAACCAACAUCAGGCUGCGCAUGUAGUCCAAUACAGAUCGCAUACUUUUAAUAAUACUGCACAAGCUGAUUAUAUUAGCUAAAGCCAACUUUAAGUAUGCAAAUUACGAAGACAAAGUCUCAAAAACAAAUUGCAAAAUGUUCGUUUCUUCCAAACUUAUACUUUUAUUACAACUACAGGCAAACGGGCGACCUUUUUAAAAAAUCCCACACUGGAACAACGUGUGAAACAAAUGGGCCUCUUCACCAAACAGGCUAAUAAAAGUUCCGUCCAAAUAAAAUUUAGUAUGGGAAAAUACACAGUUCACUAGGUUUGCCAAAAACCAGUGCAGCACCACGAGGGUAAAAAUCAAAAUCGCGGCCUCUCUUUACCUUGAUUUCUUCUGUAUCACAGGGCAAUCCAUUUGCCCUGUCACCCAGCGUGGAGCCUCCAUCCCAAUACUCUUCGUCGCCCGUUGCCGUCCGGCACACCAGUCCGCACCGUCACAUAGCUCUCUCUUCGACGGUCCCUGGCCACACACUUCACGCGGCCCCAGCUGAUUUCCCAUUCCCGGCAAGCCGAAUGUCUGACGUCAUCAGCCAACCGCCGGGCGCUCGCCAAGUGGUAUUUACGUGAAACACAAUAGAAGUUCUUAAACUCAUAAUCGAUAGCUACCAAACGGCGUAGAACUAAUUAACAGAAACAAAUAUAAUUAAAAAAAAUUUACAGAUAAAUGAACAUUAAUUAAAAAAGGCGUAAAAAUAUGUGAAAUAAAAAACCAUAUAAAACUAGAGACCAGCAACAAAAAUAAAUUACAAGUAAAAAUGUGGCCCUGCCGGCCACAAGUUGUUUGUUCAUAUAUUGACAUAAUAUUCACUUAUGGGUAUUGAAAAAAAAAUAAUUACAUGACUGAUACAUUUGUCUCUUUGUUAUAGAGGAUUUUUCAUCCAAAAGAUUAUACAGAGGAAUAUGCCUUGCGUUAGAUAUGGUUUUUAUUGGGACUUGGCAAAUUUUAUGUUUUUAAGGUGUCGUAAAGGAGCUUACUUUAUAGAGGUUUUGGUUUUAAGGAGGUUCAUUAUAUAGAGGUUUUUCUGUAUUAUACUAAAUCCAAAUACAGUGUAAACUCUAUAUAACGACACUUACGGACUGAGCAUUUUUCGGCGUUGUAGAGAGUGGUCGUUAAAUGGAGAGAAAUAAAAUAUAUCAUUUUACUAUUCUAUAAUCAUAUGUAUUUACUAAUAUAGUACACAUUUUACACACGAACAUUAAUAUUCAUACAAAUAACAACACUUAUUGCGUAUAAUCUGUUAUUUUUUCUUUGUUUUACAUAUUGUAGACACAGUGUAGCGGCUAAAUCCAAAGCGUCUUUCAACAUCACUGAUCUUUUCUCCCGCCUUUAUUGAACGUAUUAAUAAAACAUUUUCGUCAUUACACAAAGAUUUUCAUUUACUCGCCAUGUUUACAGUUCAAAAGUCUGUAAGCAACUGCGAUAAUGAUAACGUGUAACAACUUGACAAAAGUCUAGUGACCAAGGUAAACAUGUGCAAGUUCAUCAUACAAAAACAAAAGACAACAUUUCUUAGAAUCUCCGGUAUGUCAGUCGAAGUAAACACGUGCUAGAUAAUACAACAACAAAACAGCAAACAAAAGAACGUACACAGCUGCAGUUCUUAACAACUUUUGCAACUUAGAAAGUACUGCUUAAUGAUUUAUAACGCCGUAUUGUUGUCAUUAAAUAGAGUGAGUGUGACGCUAUAUAGAGUGUAUUAUCAUUGUAUAGAAAACAAGGUAAACCAACCAAAGUCAAGCAAUUUCGUCGUUUUAAGGAGUUUGUCGUUACAUCGAGUGACGUUAUAAAGGGUUUACACUGUACUUAAAUCAUGCAUUUAUUAGAAUGGAUGUUUUAAACAGUUGACAUAUCUGUAUAAGGUUGUUGCCCUCUUUUCUACAAGUGCUAGCCUUUACAUGGAAUAAAAGUUGUUAAUAGUGCUUUGCACAAGGCAGAGAAGUUAGAAAUGCUCUUCACAAUGAUUGAUUGGUAUGAAGCUGACAAAAAGUUAGCAUUGCACACUAUCAACAAGAAAUGUAAAAGCCAGCUAAUGUAAAAAUAAGGGUUACAACCUUGUUUGGGAUGGGUAUUAAUUUAUGAAUGGUUGUUUCUUUUUUUCCCCUUAACCAUGUUACAAGCAUUUCUGAGGAAAUUAUUUUUAGUUUAUGGAAACAUUGUGAAACUACACUUUAAAUGUGUACAUAGUUUUAAAAUUCUUUGUGUCCACCAAUAACAGGUUGAAUUGAUUACCUGUUGCAGUUUUGUUGCAGGUAUUGAUUGUGCCAGAGAAUCCAGAUCAGUUGUGUUUUAAGAACAAAAAGAGAUUCAAAAACAUUGCAAAAAUCUUAUAAUGUGUAAAACAACCUGUAACUGCAGUGACUGUGCAUCAUAUGACAUGAUUCAUUGCUGGCAAAUAUAUAGAUUUUACUGUUCUUUCA